UCAAAGAAAGAAGAACUCGCCUCAAAAGGACAUGGAAGGGGAUCGUAUCGCGAGAUACAUCAGAGAGUACCUACAUUCAAACGCGUGGAUCGUUUUUAAUACGCGUGCUCGAGCAAGGUCCAAUCGACGUCGUACAGAUAAUCGCGUGUAGAAUGGCGUGAUACGACGUGUACUCGCGCUUCGAAAUUAUGACAGACAGAACUGACGGAAGGUCGCCGACGUGAACGCUCCAAAGAAAUCUGAGUCGCGCAAACCGAAAUUCUGUGUCGUUUUCGCGAACUGAGGAUUGUACGGCUGAAGAAAUGAAAAUCUCUCGAUGAUCGUAGCGGGAUCUGCGUGAUUACAAUCUUUCACAAGAUAAAACAUGGCUGAGAAUAGAUCAACAGAAGAGACCACAAGCGGACAUUGUGACCCAAGGAUGCCACUUAUAUCGACGUCAAAUGAAAAUAGACAAGUUCAGGACUCAUCAAAUAAUACUAGGUACACAUUGGCGAAUAUAAGCCCUGAAACGGCAUUUAACUUUGGUGUCAGAACGGCAGAACGUUCAAGAAUAUUCGCGGGUAACAUUUCCUCCACUAUUCGUCCUCUUAUACAGGCAGCGCCUAACUUAUCAUUGACGUCACUCCUAGCCAUUCCUGGACUCCGGAAUCAAGUUCAUCCAGCUGCGUUACCAAGCGAUAGCUACGUAAUAAAUGUAGAGGAUCCUGUAAAUGAUACUAAUUCUCAUGAUGAAUCUGUGCACAAUCAUCACCAUCAUCAUCAUCAUCAUCACAUAGUAUCAACAAUGCCAAACAAUUUUUCAAAUAACACGCAUGAAACCGCGAGUGAAGUAAUCGAAAACCACAAUAAUAAUGCCUCGGAAAAUUCUGUCAAUGGCAACGUUCAGAUAGGUCCGGAAGCUCGGGCAAUGUUGAAACAGCUUCAACAAUACGUUCCUUUUGUAACCAUUCUUCUCGCCAAAGGUCUCUAUGAUCAUCGAGCCGGAAUAAUCACGUUUGUUGUAUUGCUUAUUACGUUCUUCCACGCUAAUAAUGGCCUCAAACGUGAAAUCGCUAAACAGCAUAACCGGAGUUGGUCGUUGCUCAUGCUGAUUCUAUGCUAUAUCACUGCGUGUAUUGUGUUCGUCGUAUACACGUUUAAUUUGUACACUCUCGUUCCCUAUGCUGAACCACUCACGAUCUGGGAAUUACUUUGCUACGUCACGGUGAUGGACUUCUUCCUUAAACUUAUCACCAUCAUUUGCAAAGUUCUUUUGACUUGUCUACCGGUACGAUUACUGGCAUUCCAGAAUCGGGGAAAAUAUUAUCUUAUGGUAGAAGCAACGUCACAACUUUAUCGAUGCGUCGCACCUGUCCAGCCAUGGUUAUAUUAUCUGCUUGAAACGUAUCAAGGUCAAGAGAAAAUCGUGGGAAUUUUCUUUUCGAUAAUGUAUACAAUGAGCAAGGGUAACGAUCUGCUGUCGCGUCUAAAACUAUUUCGCACUGCUGCAUGGAAACUGUUCCAAAAUGUGGCAUCCACAUCGAAGAAACAAGCUCACAAGAAGAACAUGAUAAAAUUUGAAUUAACCGAAAAACAGAAAUCUGACAUAAAGGAAGCAUUUGAUCUAUUCGAUCCGGAUGGCACCGGAAAAAUUGGUAUCAAGGAUCUUAAAGUUGUUCUUAGAGCCUUAGGAUAUGAACCGACAGUGAAAGAAUUACAGACACUCGUAGCUGAUGUCACACCAGAAUGUCCUAAUUCGUUAUCUUAUGAAGAAUUCAUGAAAAUAAUGUUAAUUAAAAUGACAGAUGUAGAUGAAAGCCAAAGCGAAAUAAUAAGGGCAUUCCGACUUUUCGAUGAUGAUAAAACAGGGAAAAUAUCCUUUAAAAAUAUCAAACGAGUUGCGAUGGAAUUGGAAGAAGAGUUGACUGAUGAAGAAAUAUUUGAUAUGAUCAACCAAGUAGAUGAAGAUGGCGAUGGAGAAAUAUCAUUAGAAGAAUUUAUAAAACUCUUUAAGAAGAUGUCAUGUUAAUUUUGUAUUAAGUUACAUUCACAUUUAUGUCGAGUUAAUGCAGAAACAUAAACGUAUUUUUAAAUUAAUAAUGUGUAUUGUAUUAAUAUAUUCUAAAUGGAAGACUGAUAUCUCAAUAUAAUUAUCUUUUAGUAUACUUGUCAACGAUAUUUUUAUAAACUUUUAUUUAUUUAGAUGUUUAAUGUGCCACGAGUGUGUAAAAAUAAAUAGCAUUAACUACAUUCUA